UUUUCUAAGCACUUGGUAACCCUAUUGCUGACGCCGCAAUCGUAGGCACCAAAUUUGUUUACCUUUAAAAAAAUGCUUUUAAAUCAUAUAUUAAUCGCAUUAUUAACAUGUUUUGGACAAAAAAGCGGUGCAGAAGAUGAAGGGCUAUGUAGUGCCGAGCAAAAAACUUGUGGGCAAAAUUCACCUGAGGACAUAAACCAGGAUGAGUUUAGCUUUAAAAUACGUCGGGAGAUCGAUAAAGCUAAUGCCGACUACAAGCCUUGCAGCAGUGACCCGAAGGACACCGAUUGCUCCUGCCACGCGGAUGUUUUGAAGCGGGAUCUGGCACCCUACAAUUCAACAGGUGUCAGCCGGCAGAUGAUCGAAAGUUCGGCGAGAUAUGGCACCAAAUAUAAGGUUUACGAACAUCGAUUGUACCGGGAUGCCAACUGCAUGUUCCCAGCCCGUUGCCAGGGCAUCGAGCACUUCCUUCUGCCGCUGGUGGCUACGCUACCCAACAUGGAUCUAAUAAUAAACACCAGAGAUUACCCGCAGCUGAACACCGCCUGGGGAAACACUGCCGGUGGCCCGGUGUUCUCGUUCUCCAAGACAAAGGAGUACCGGGACAUCAUGUAUCCAGCGUGGACGUUCUGGGCCGGCGGACCGGCCACCAAACUACAUCCCCGUGGCAUCGGGCGCUGGGAUCAGAUGCGGGACAAGCUGGAGAAGCGGGCGGCGGCUAUUCCAUGGUCACAAAAGCGGGACAUGGGCUUUUUUCGCGGCUCACGCACCUCCGACGAGCGUGAUUCUCUAAUUCUGCUCUCCCGCAGCAAUCCCGAGCUGGUGGAGGCCCAAUACACCAAGAACCAGGGCUGGAAGUCUCCAAAGGACACUCUAGAUACACCGGCCGCUGAUGAGGUUUCCUUUGAGGACCACUGCAAGUACAAAUACUUGUUUAAUUUCCGCGGAGUGGCCGCCAGUUUCCGACUGAAGCACUUGUUUCUCUGCAAAUCUCUGGUCUUCCAUGUGGGCGACGAGUGGCAGGAGUUUUUUUACGACCAACUGAAGCCGUGGGUGCAUUAUGUGCCGCUGAAGAGCUAUCCCAGUCAGCAGGAAUAUGAGGAAAUCCUGACUUUUUUUAAGAGAAACGAUGCAUUGGCCCAAGAAAUAGCCCAACGAGGAUACGACUUCAUCUGGAACCACCUACGCAUGAAGGAUAUUAAGUGCUACUGGCGGAAGCUGCUUAAAAACUAUGUGAAGCUACUGAAAUACGAGGUUCGGCCGGAGGACAACCUUAUCUAUAUUGCGCAUAAAAAAGAUGAACUGUAGUUCGGAUAGGUUGAGAUAUGACGUGUUUAAAUAGGGUUUAAGUUGAACAAUAGUAUUCCAGCUCGAAUGAUUCUCUAAAAA